AUGCUGCACGUGGCCGUGCCACCUGAGAGGUACACAUUGGGCUCUUGCUGCAAAGCAGGCCUUUUGCCCUUUUACUUCUUCCAUGUUGCAACCCAUGGGACUUUGACAGAGCUGCGGCCUAAAAUUCUGCUUUCUCCUCUCUGCUACUUUGAGGGACCCCGAAAUAAGUAUUUGUUUGCAGCACACCGACUCUUCAAGACCUAUGCAGCUGGCCGGAAGAACAACAAGAAAAACAACAGCAGGUGGCGUGCUUCUUUCUUCCUCUCUUCAGACCUAUGCAGCUGGGUGGAAGAACAAGAAGAAAAACAACAGCAGGUGGAGCACACCUGCUGGAAGCUGGUAGCCUUACAGGGUUUGCUCACGGAGACAGAACUAACUCAAGGCAAAGUGCAAAGAGUCUUGGACGUCAACACCCAGAUGUUGCACCAGCAGCUGGACAUGUUGUGCCACGUGCCAGGCUUGGAAAAACAUGCUCAGGCCUUGAAGGAGAAGUCUUCCUGGCCUCCAUCGCCACAGGUGCCGCGGAAGGCAGCAGGAAGUUUUGACUCAAGUUUUGGCUUGGGGAACUUUCCAGUCGCACCUAAUUGGAGCGCAAUGCGGCAGACGAGUGCGGAUUCACGUACAGGUGGCCUGUACCAUGCAGAUGAUGUUCUUGACAGAAUGACAAUGGCAAGCAAGCAGUUCCAGACAAUGCAGAUUCAGAUCGAUGCAUUGUUGUUGAAGGCAGAGGAGUUGCAGCACGACGCGGUGGCUGCCUACGAAGAGGACCGCAAGUCGGACGCGAUGUCGGACGCCACCUCCAUGCGGCGAUCCGUCGGCGCCGACGACGUCAACGAGGACGUCAACGACGACUUGCGAGCCAGGGCAGUGCACGAUGCACUGGACGAACGAUUUAAGGAUCUGCUGAGAAGGUUCCAACAGCGCUUUCAGAAGGAGGAGCAAAUGCAGGUGAAAUGUCGCGAAAUCGUUCAGUCGAUUGCCUCCAUGAUACAAAAACCAAUCAUUCAAAAUGAGUUGUAG